UUCUUUUGACAUGACUCGUCUGUCCGUCUGUCUUUCUGGACUGCUUGGAUCUCUCACUCUCUAUUUUCCCAUCUUUCUCUGGCUCAGAGCUCGAUUGCCAUCGGCGCAGCAUUGGUGGGUGUCGGCGGAUCGUCACUAGAGAUAUGCCGACGAAUUUCUUCUAUGAAUGAUCUGUGCAUCUUGAUCAUGUUCUUUGCAUGUCAGAUGGUUUCGUUUCAGUUUCGACAGCUACUGAAAGUUCGAUUCUCUGAGUUGGAAUCCGCAAUUGAAAGCGCCACAUGUCUUUGGGAAUGGCUGCCAACUAGAGCGGGCUUCUUCAGCUGCUAUUUGUACUUGAGUCAGGGCGAGAGUCGAUUAUUGGGGAGUCAAAGCAGAGUAUAUGUUCAUGAAAUUCUUCAUUCAGUUGGCGGCUGUUAAACUUGUAACCACUUGUGCUGAAUUGAGUCUGUCUCGGGCCUGCCAAUCAGCAGCAGGAGUUGGAGCUGGGGCAACCAAUACUUGGCCUCCGCGGGUUCUCGAUACGAUUUACAAGGAUCGACUCCAAACACUCUAUGAUCUUCUUCUUCAUCUUCUGAUCGGACCUUCUAAUGGAUCUUCUGAUGCUCUCAAUGCUGCGGUCGAAGUGGGAAAGACCACGAAUGGAGUUCGACCGGAAGGUCCUGAGAUCGCCAACACAAAGUGCCGCACUGACGAGGUGGAAGCGAAGGAGGCUCAAAGAAGGCUUACUCGCGAAGAUGAUCCAUUGUGCUACACCACGAUGCUCCGGGAGAGUUACGCUGUGAUGCCAGAAACAGCCCCUACAUUGGGUGCUGUGUCUUUUGAGCAGCGAUGGACGCAACAACAGAUUGUGGAAAGAGUAAUUGAGCUUCAGUUUCGACAGGAAGUGAAGCCUUCUCAUGUCCUCUGUUCUGGAUACAGGAAGCUACGGCCAUCUCUCAUAGGGUCAAGUCGAAGACGAGCUCCCGUGGGAUUGGAGUGUCUUUACGGAAAUGCAGCUGUAGACAUUGUGAAUUCUUCGAGCUGGAAAGUUCUUCUCUCACGGGUCGGAGAUUUGGUUAUGCUUCACAUACUUUCGCAUGCAGCCAUUUUUACUCCCUUGCCCAAUGACUGCCUGUUGCAAAUAUCUGGAGCUCCGAUCAGUUCCUCAGUUUCCACAUUUCGGAAGUCUUCACUACUGCAUACCGGAGAAAAAAUGCUUCGAAGCCAUUCCAAAAGGAAGCCAGAAUUGCAGACGUCCUCUGCCCAGUUAAACUUCCGUGGCACAAAAAGAAGUAUGAAACAAGUCUCGCUCGAAGGUUCAUCGUCCUGUAACCACGCUGCUGCUAUUGGAGAAACAAUUCAAGACGCCGCUGCCACUAUGGAGUCUGGUGAUGAUCCAGCUCCUUAUUCCAAAAUGAGAAUUAGUAAAAAGCUUCAACCUAAUUCCAAUGCAGUUGAGAAAAACGUCGAAAAAUCCCUCUGGCCUCAAACAUCUUGUGUCAUAGAUAAAAGCUACCAGGCCAAAAGGAAGGCGCAAGAGACAACCGUCAACGGGGACAUUCACUGGAUGGCUAGGAGUCAUAAUCCAGAUUCCGAAUUUAGAAAACGUAGAAAAUUGGAAGUAAAUCACGUUGAUGCAAUCAGGGAAGCUGAGAACUGCGAGGAGUGUGUCGGAAGGACUACAAAAAGGUCAAAAUUGCCCGUGAACAGAGGGGAAGAUUUCAGUGAACAGCAAACCUUGAACCCCCACCCAACCAUCAGUGAUGGCAUUAAGGCGGAAGUGUUGCAGUUCACAAAAUUUCGUGCAGGAGCCACCAGACGGGAGCAGUUUAACAUAAUACCAAUUUCUACUCCUAGUAAGGUAUCAACGAAUACGAAUGUUUUCAAACCAAGGGAUGGAGGAACGAAUUUGAUACAACUGUCAGAUACUCCUCUCUCAUCAGGAGGGUCUUUUCUCGCAUCUGAAGUUUGUCCAAGUACAGUAGGCUCCUCCCACAGUGAGCCGAAAAUUCCAGACACUAAAAGAACCAAACGAGUAAGACUUCCGAGCUGGAAAAGAAGGAAACUACUGCGAAAAGGUGAAGACGCGUGUUCUCAAGGACUUGAGGGCGGAGUUCAAGAGAAACCGCCAAUCAUCUUGGUGGAAAAGCUUAACACACCGAAAGGAGGUGAGAAGGAUUCUGAGGAGAGGAGGCAAUCAAAACUCCAUGUUUUACCUUCUAAGCAGUAUGUCUCACAAGGGUCAGGCGGUAGUGGAGAGGAAAGAGGCAUGGCACAGGAAGCGGUAGCUCUUUUUACAGAGCCUAGUAAGGUUCGCCAAACGACGAAACGAGAAACUGAUAUUCCAAGUAGACGUACCGGCCCUUCUCACAUGGUCAUCAAUCGAGCAUCCAUUUUUUACAGUUCCAACUUUUCAUGCCAUCCCGGUCUACCUGCUAAUCAUACUCUCAACAAAUUAAAGCCUGAUGAGGCUGGAGCGGAUCAUCUUCACGCUUAUAUCUUCGGUUCUCUUGAUGGCAUGUCAGCUGGCUUAUCCAGUGAUCCGAAUGUAUCUGUGGAUACACCAAAUAGGAGGUCUAUUCGCCUAUUAUUAAAGCAACUUCUUGCCCGUGCGAAGCGCUGUGCAUAUGCCAAGUUGCUCAAUCGCCACUGUCCACUUCCACAAAUGUUGAACUCACAGCUUGCCGAAUCCUCCACUCCUUUCUUGACAGCAGCUACUGCACCGUCUGAAACUCAGGAUGGAUCACAGAGAAGUCAACCUGUUGUUGACAAGCAUGAACGCGAGAAUCUGGAGCAGCAUGUAGAAGUUGAAGAAAUGAUGAAACUACUGCUUGGUCCCAUGUAUCAGCCAAGCGGCACAAGCAUCACCAAACCCUGCGAUCAACUUGAUUAUGUCAGUCAAGCUCAGCUGACACCAAUUCCAAGGAGCGGUGAACAGAAUGCAGGUGGUAACAACAAGCGGUUUGAAGCUGAGAAACACGGAAAGGAUUGUGCUGAUGCUAUCCACACGGCCAGCAUCGUCGCUACCGACAAGACACUGCGAGCAGGACUCGUAGCUUCUUACGCAGAUCACAGCAGUGUCGUUGGGUUUCUCUGGGCCACCUGCAGGAGUAUCAUACCCCCAGAUAUGCUCGGUUCAAAGCGAAGUUGGAGAGCCUUGCGUAGUAGUAUUGCUCAUUUUGUAGGUCUCAGGAGGCAUGAAAAGUUUAAUAUUCAGCUAGCACUUCUCAAAUUGAAGCUCUCCAGCUACUCCUGGCUGACCAUUGCUCCAUCUACUACUGUGGAUAAUAUAUCAAAGGUGAGCUCAAGUAGUGGAGAACGAUCACUGCAGCAGAAAAAACUGGUGUUGUGGCUAUACUGGCUGUUUACCAGUCUCGUGGUGCCUCUCAUCCGGUCUCAUUUUUAUGUUACAGAGAUUGAAAAUCAUAGGCAAAAUGUCUUCUACUAUCGAAAGCCAGUCUGGGCGAAACUCCGCAACAUAGCCUUGAAAGAUCUGACUCAGCGAAACUACAAGAAGCUGAGCAAGAAGUCGGUUUCCGAAGCUCUGGACGGUAAAGCUCUGGGAUUUUCGAAGGUCAGACUGCUACCUAAACGAACAGGAGUGCGGCCAAUAGCAAAUCUUGCAGCUCCUUCUCAAGGUACCUUGAAGUUUAGAGUGAAGCCCGAGAGGCGGCCAACAUUACGUCAGUUAUUUGGAGAUCUUGAAAAACCAUCAGCUCCCAGUAAUGGCCGAGCGAUGAUCCACUGCAACAGUGUUAGCAGCCUUGGUGCUGCCAAGGAUUCAAGUGAAUCGUUCACGGACUUUUCUCCCCAAAAGUCAUGGCAGAGCGCUGCAAUCAGACAAAGUCAUGUAACCACCUAUAUCAAAGAUAGUUCCAUCUCUCCUAAUGGCAAUUCUGCCAGCCCAUUGUUUAGAGCUGCUUCGAAGGAAACGACUCCAUGCAAAUAUGUGCUGCCAGUUGGUGAAGUCAGAAACAGUAGAUUCUCCCGAAAAUUUUUAAAGAGUGUGAAUUUCUCCUUCAGAUCUGUCAACUCUGUUCUAAGAGAUGCAUACUUCUGCCUGAAGCUUGAGAAGGAUUCUUACCCCGAAGACCUGGGAUCCUCUGUUUUUGGAUACAGUGAUAUUCACUCCAAGGUUCUCCCUUUCAUACUUCAAAUCAAAGCCUCUUCAACGACAGUCCCACGCCUGUACAUGGUUGUUUGUGAUGUGACCAAGGCUUAUGAUAGUAUUCAGCAGGAAAAGCUUCUUGAGAUAGUCAGUGAAUACAUGCGCAGCUUCGAUUAUAAUGUGGCUAAGUAUACUUGCGUGACUCCAACUCUGGCUUCUGUUAGAGUCUCUCAUGAAAGAGCACCAACACGAGCUUCCGAGCAUCAACAAUUCUCUCAAUUGGUGCAUGACCUGGCAACCAAGCACUCUCACUGCAUCUUCACGGAUCAGGGAUUUUGCACUAGUGUACGACGUGAGAAAAUCCUGGGUUUGUUGGAAGAACACAUAAAGAACAACAUUGUGCAAAUGGGGAAACAGUUCUAUAAGCAGACAGUCGGUAUACCCCAAGGCAGCAUUUUAUCCUCCAUUCUUUGCUCACUCUUUUAUGGUCACUUUGAAUUGCAGAGGCUGAUGCCUCAUCUACAGUCACGUCUUACAGAGAAAUUACUGUCUUCAAAACGUGCUGGUUCCUUAGCGUCAGCUUGUGGCUUACUACUUCCUCAAGCUGAAAUCUUAGCCACACAGACGGCGGAGAUGGACGUCGAGCACAUGUUGGAAUCAUCAUUCGAUAUGCGGAGUCCAGAUCCAUCAGCUAAAACGCUCAGUAAUGGCUAUUGCAGCUGUUCUGAAUGUCAGAAAAGUGACUCCUCCAGCAUAUUGAAGAACUCUGUUCUCUUGCGCCUCAUAGAUGAUUCCUUUUUCAUCUCUACGUCUGAGGCAGCAGCAACAAUGUUUGUUGAGAACAUGCACAUGGGGUCGGAGGAGUACGGAUGUCAGGCCAAUAAGCGGAAGACAGCGACCAGUUUCUCUGUACAGCUUGGGAAAAGAGUUUUGCCCAAGAAGAUUUAUACUACAGAAGACGGUGCUUGCUUCAUCCGCUGGAGUGGCCUCCUAGUCAACUGCUACACCGUGGAGUUUCAAGCAGAUUACACAAGAUACUCUGGGGAGCACAUCCGGUCUACACUGACGGUGAAGAGGGAGCGGAAUCAGGGCUGGCAUCUCGUGCUGAAAAUGUGCCAAUACAUGAGGCCAAAAUGUCAUGCGUUGUUUUUCGAUCCCCGAAUCAACUCCCCUGCCACCAUCCGACUCAACGCAUUUCAGUCGUUUCUUCUGUGCGCAAUGAAGUUUCACGCGUACAUGUGUUGUCUGCCUCGUGUCACCGGAGACAAUCAGCCAUUUCUGUAUGAAGUGAUCUGCUGUACUAUCAGGUACAUGUACGGUCUUUUGAGGCACAGGAUGGAAACGGUUGGAGCAAAAGCGGUCGAAUAUUUCCCCUUCGUGGAGCUUGAGUGGCUGGCGAUGGUUGCCUUUCACCGGAUACUCAAGAGAAAGCAAUCACGCUAUCGAAUGCUUCUAGCAGCUUUGCAGAUUCAGCUUGAGAAUCCCAAGUACAGGAAGAUGACAUCCUGCCCUCACCUUUCCUCCGCUACGGAUGAGAAGAGAUCGUCCAUGUUUAAAUAUAUAAAAUAUUGAAUUUGCAACUCACUCACUCACUCACUGUACAGACUCAACUUGCGCAAUCUUCGUUUCUCCUCAGAACUAGAGAGCUCAAAAGUUCGUACGUAACAGCUGAUCACUCCAAUCUGAGGCACGUACAUAUUUCUCCAGACCUAGUCCCUCGUCGCCCCGCCCACCAUCCAAAAGUGUCUCAUCGGAGUCACCAAAGUCGAGCAGUGGAGUAAGUAAUGGCAAUCUCUUGCACUCCGCUGCAUGAAUUUCUUUAACUGACCGUUCCUGGCUUCAGCCUCUCUCUACUUUCUGACGGAAUGAGAAGUGAUAUGAAUAGAAGCAACACUGAAGUCGAGAAAACUAGAGCUACAUUCAAGAUGGAAAGGUCGAUCUCAGCAAUAAUCGUGGAACGACGACCGCCGAAGCAGGAAGGCGACACAUGUCUCCUUGAGCUCUACAAUGUCCCGGUGCCAGGAACGUGGCACUCCCACUUCUCGGCACCGAGAAGUUUCGUGACACCAAAAGGUGGAACCGUGCUAGUUUUGACUUCUGUAUGUCCUAAAAGUAGAGAAACUCCCAGACUCUCACAGCCUGGUCCUGUAAUGUCAAUGUCGGUACAACGAGAUGGCCUCCGUUUUGGACGUCCUUGGACGACAAGCCCUCUAUUCGAUAACCACAAUACUGACUGAUUCAUAGGUCCCACAUAAUCCGAGGUUUCAGACCUGGGUUUGACAGAUCCGUGUUAUAAUACUUCUCGGUAAGGACAGAUGCCAAGAUCUCUCGUAGAUCUCUCGAUUAACGAAUGCAACGUACGUCGUAAGGAAUCGCAAAGCGAGAACAGUGAAGGCGAGGAUGGGGCGGCCAUCUUUCUGGGGUGACAAGGAGCAUGCCUAGAAAUAUCUGUCUGCUCAGAGUCCUGACCUAGGCAGGAGUGUGCCCUCGGCAUCUGAUUGGGAUUUAUUAGUCGAGCUGCCCUCCUUUCCAAGUUUGUGGGGGCUCAACAUCUUGUGCAUCUUUCUUGUUGUGGUAAACUUUCCCCACGAAGACGUGCAGUGUCCUUGAAUGGUGUCAUUCCUGUACGGCUGCACUCGAGCUGGUGCACAGGAUGGGUGCCCGGGUUUGGCAGGUGUCGAGAGUAGAAACUCCAAAAGCUUGAGCAUGCCAGCCUAGGUCGAAAUUGUAAUAGGCUCGUUGGUUGGUGAUGGGAACGAAGAGUCGAGUUACGUCACCUUGCAGACGCAUCAUCCAGUAGAGUACAGCGGUUUGGAGUCUCAGAAACUCAUAAUACCUGCAGUACAAGUUUAGGAGCUCUGUAAGUUGAGGCGAGCCGAGGCCGCCUGCUUCUCACAAUCUCCCAUCGACAGACAU